AUGUCUGACUCGGGGCUCACGGCUCCUGGGAGCAGCACAUACUCGUCAAAUACCCUUCAUGUUGGAGAUGGCACCUGGGACACGCAGCGCGACACCUUUUUGCUGCCCAACUUGAUGGGUUUGAACUUCGAGACAAUGCGAUACAAUGGCAUGGGUAAUCGGUUCAAGGAUAUGACCGGGUAUCAUUCCAUAAUAAUUGCGCACGGCGUUAUUGCAACAAUUGUUUUCUUGGGUCUUGUGCCCAUUUCGACCCUAAUCAUUCGAUACUAUUCCCGAUGGAACCCAUUCUGGGCAUUCAAGAUCCACGCCUGGUGUCAGAUACUCACGCUACUCUUGUCGACAGUCGUUUUUGUGCUGGGCUGGUUUGCGGUCGGCCCGAAGCGAAGCCUGACCAACCCACACCAUGGAAUUGGCCUGGCUAUCUAUGUGAUGGUCAUUUUCCAGGUUCUGUGGGGCUGGUUUGUGCAUAAAAAAGAGAGUAAACGGGUUCGACAUCACGUUCCGUUGAAGCUUGUGAUUCAUCGGUGGAUUGGUAGAGCUUUGGCCCUUCUGGGAAUUGUUCAAAUACCACUGGGUCUGACGCUGUAUGGCUCUCCCAAAGUCCUUUUCAUUCUCUACGCGGUUGGAGUGUUUGCGCUCCUUGUGGUCUACUUCAUCCUAUCUUAUCUUUACGAUGAUGAGGGGUUCCACAUGGCAAGUGAGCAUGGCAGCAGAUAUACAGGUCCGUCAGUCGUGGAAGAACACCACGGAGGCGGUGGCGGCGGCCUUGGCCAGGCUCUAGCCGGCGGGGCUGUGGGCGCAGGACUGGCUUCCUUGUUCAAACGGCGCGCUCGCAGCCGUACGACAAGCGUCGCAUAUGAAGAUUCUCGGACAUCGUACUCGGAUGAGAAAUAUUCUGACGAGUCUUCCCGCCAUCAUGGCGGUGGCGGAUGGGGAAAAAGAUUCUUGAAAUCGGUGCAUUGGCUGGUGCUGAAGUGGUGGAACCGCCGACGCCAACGCGAAGAGGAUACUGAGGUGGGCCGCUACAAGCCCGCUCACUCACGCACUGACAGCUAUACCGAAGACUCUCUUAGCAGGCUGGAAGAUGGCCGGCCAGAACCUGCUCGCCCACCAGUGGUUGGUCGCCCUCCCAGCAGGCCUCAGAGCCCUGGCUCUUCAUACUAUUACAAUAGCACAUAUCUGUCUGAGCACCCGGAACGCCGUCCUUCCCAUGGAGUCAGGGAUGCAUUGCUCGGGGCUGGCGCUUUUGCGGCCGUGAAACGGAUCUUCAGCCGCAACAAGGACAAGGCAGACGAAGAGAGCCGUCGGUUGGAGGAUAUCCGCCGUCGAGAAGAGGAAGAUGAGGCUCUACAAAGAGCAAAUAGCAAACGACGACGGCAUGAAUCUGGGAACGGGCCUUAUCCUCAACGGCGAAGGCCAAGCCCUUACACCGAAAGUGACCUAACACCUACUGAUCUGACUCCACGGCCGCGGCCUCCUCCUCCGCGACUCGCCUCUGGAAGCUCCAUGCUCACUCCCGAGCCCAUGGCAACGGGAGCUGCUCAUGCUGCUCCUUCAGAUAUUCCUCCCAUUCCUCCUAUUCACCAGGAGUUGUCUGGUGACUUCCCUUCACCUGAGCGGUCACACUCGCAUCAUCCCCACCAUGCAGAGGAAAUUGCAGCUGGUGCAGCUGCGGGUGCCGCACUGGGUGCUGCCUCUAGCCAUCGCCGCAACAGCGGGAGUCGUCGCCGAGACGACAGCCGGCAUCGCUCUGACCACGUCGAGUCCCCGCCAGUAUCAGUCAAAGUGAAGAUGCACAAUGACGGCCGACACGUAACUCUUCGCCGCCUGACUGAAGAAGAAGCCGCAGCUCAACGGGAAGCACGGCGCCGUGAGCGCAGAAAUUCUCGCCGUCGUGGCAGCAGCGCUGGCUCCCUCUCCGGAGAUGAGGGUCGGGACCAUGACCGCUGGCGGCGUGUUGAAGAGCUAGAGCGCCAGCAAGCCGAGCAAAUUCGACGAGAGCAAGAAGUUGCUGCUGCUACCGCCGCUGCGGCAACUGCUGCACCGUCGGCGAGUGUGCCUCCCUCAUCAUUCCACCCCUCCCAAUCUCAAAUCAGCCAUAUACCACCUCCACCCCCUGUCCCACCCGCAGCACCUUCGAGCAUGCCCUACGGUGCGGGCAGUGUCACUUCCCCCGGAACAUGGACUGGUACCGAAGCCAGCGGGUCAUACGCUAAUAACCGCCGGCGCCGGCGGGCAGAGCGAGCCCGGGCAAGACAGGAGAGACAACAGCAUGGCGUGGAGUUUGAGUAA